AUGCGAGCCAAGUGGAAGAAAAAACGCACCCGCAGAUUGAAACGCAAGCGCAGAAAGAUGCGCAUGAGAUCGAAGUAA